AUGCGAAAAGCACACUCAAAGACAGAUGGGAAAGAAAUCCAGAUUUCUCAGACUCACAAGGACAAGAGAGACUGUGGGCAGGUUUCAGGUCUGCUUUCUCUCCCUCGGCCCCUUUCUCCCCGCCUUUCCCCCUCUCCAUCUUUCCCUCCUCCCACCUUAGGCCCAGCUCCCGCUCGCCCCUCUUCCCCUCUCUCCCCACCCCCUCCCUUUCUGGGGCCGGCAUUUCCCCGCGGCGCACGGAGGCUCCGAGUGGAGUCCGCGCAGCGCGAGCUCCGGAAAGCGUCGGGGGCACGGAGGGUCGCGCUCUCGGCCGGGAGGCCGCCCUUCGGAAGGGGCCGCCCCCGGGGCUGGCGGAGCCGCGCCGGGCUGCCCGGCUUGCGGGAGAGGCCGGGCGCGCCCGAGGGGAGGCUGGGAGGGCGUGCUGCGCCCCGGGAGCGGCCCGGCGGAGCUGCGGAAAAGCCCUGGGAAUUCACCCGGAUCAAAAUGCCCCUCGCCCGUGUGACCCGUGACCCUACCCCAGGAGAAGCAGCCGAGUUACCCGACAUCGUGGUCAGCAGAAGCUGGGUUGGUGACUGGAUGCUGCAGCUGCAGGGACUCUGCGCCUGGGAGUGCUCCUGUGCAGGGGGAGAGGCAGAGAUGCAACAUUUUUAAAGUUUCACAAAGCAUCCAGCUGCACCCAGGUUCCUGGAGCAGGAGACAAACAGAAUUAAUGUUUUAUACCUUUGGGUAUAGGUUUGAGUUUUUUCCCCCUCAUGCCAAGUAUUUAAAACCUCUAGAAACCCAUGAUUUGACAAUCAAUGAUUGCGCGAUACUUUCAAUUUGAAUAUUCAAAGGCUUAACAAAAUGGACUAUCUUCUGCAGAAAUCCUGCACACAGGCACCCCACAGAGAGUCCACAGAAACAGGGAGUGAGACCCCUUUGGGUCCUGACCCUUGCUUUUACUGUAUUUUGAGCAUUUUGUCCACCUUCCUGCAGACAGAGCAGGGGUGCUCAAAGGUUGUGUGUAUUUCUGCCUCAAAGGCAGCUUGGGAAGCCUUAAGUGACUUGGGCUGCCCUUCAUGACCACCUGAGCCAGGCUGACAGGGCUGACUGAGUCCCACCUCCCCAGCCUCUGUUUUAAGGGAAAACCUCAGAUUUGGGGGAGUAAACAUGGCAGCUGGUAGGUAUGGCCCUGCAAGGAGUCGCUCUGGGCCCCGGUUGCAGGCCCAGGGCCUGCAGAGCCUUUAGCUCUGUGCCUCAUCCCCUCCUGGCCCCGCCUGGCCACGUGCUAGCUUCCCUCCCCUUUCUUCGGCUCUCCGUCUGGGCCCCAGACACUG